CGCAGUAGCUUGGCACACCAGGUUGCUGAGGCUGCUGCGCAGUCGGGGAGUCUGGGCUCAGACACCAGGACUCUCCAGCCCGCGCGCGUAGCAGUCCCGCCUGUCCUCAGGCAGCACUGCCCUCCCCGUGCCUCCUGGCUCUCAGCUGAUGGUGGGUCUGUUUUGUGGGUCUCCGGAUCUAGCCUGCUUGGCCUGGGAAAUUCCUACAACAUCCAGAACACAGAAAAUAGACUCAUCACCUAAUUCGCCUGGGACCUGAGUUUGCGGGGGCGCUGCCUGCCCCCGCUCCUCCUCCCCACAACACCCCGCCCGUGCUCAGGCAGCCUCUAGGAGUCACACAGCAAACCACCCCCCCCCCCCAAUAGCAGACAAAGGGCUUGGGCAAACUCACCGCUCGGCCUCCUUGCGCUCCGGGAGGCAGCAGCGCCAGGGUGGAUCGUGCAAGGAGGUGCGCGCUGGGCUAGGAGCUGGGGGCCGCGGGAGCAUUGUAUGGGGAAGGGCAGCAAGAUGCGCCCGACUCUGACUCACAUCUGCUACUGCUACCUUUUUUACCAGCUGGGAGUAUUUUCGAAUGGGAUCGUUUCAGGGCUACAUUUCGCCCCCGAACACGAGGAGUGGGAAGUCGUGUUUCCUGCACUCUGGCGCCGGGAGUCAGUGGAAGCAACUGCAGGCGGCAGCGGGGGCAGCGCGGACCUGAGUUGGGUGCGUGGUGUUGCGGGCGGCAGGGUCCAGGCUGCUGGCAGCUCUCGAGAGGUGCGCUCUGUGGCCCCCGCACCGCUGGAGGAGCCUUCAGAGGGCCAGUCUGAACCCCAGCCCCGGCCCCCACCACCUGCCGGGGUGGAGGAGGAUGAGGAACUGGAAUCGCAAGAAUUGCCUCCGGGAUCCAAUGGGGCUGCCACCCUGCCUCCGGGUGCCGCAGCCUCGUGGCAGCCACUGCUGUCCCCACAGCCGCCCCCAUCCCCGCCUCCAGCUCAGCAAGCCCAGCAUGAUGGCGAUGAAGUAUUGCUGCGGAUCCCGGCCUUCUCCAGGGACCUAUAUCUGCUACUCAGGAGAGAUGGCCGCUUCCUGGCAAGGGGCUUUGCAGUAGAACAGUGGCCGAUUCUGGGCCCUGGCCCCACCUGGGCAGCAGCUGUCCUGCGUCCUCCCGCGCCACCAGACACCGCCUGCUUCUAUACUGGGGCGGUUCUGGGGCACCCUGGUUCUCUGGCCUCUUUCAGCACUUGUGGAGGUGGCCUGAUGGGAUUUAUACAGCUCAAUGAGGACUUCAUGUUUAUUGAACCACUCAAUGAUACAGUGGCCAUUACAGGUCACCCACACCGUGUAUAUAGGCAGAAAAGGUCCGUGGAGGAAAAAGCCAAAGAGGAAUCACAUCCUCACAGUGCUUCCUGUGGUGUCAUUUCAGAUAAAGGAAGAACUAGAUCUAAAAAAAUAACAGAAAGUGGAAGAGGGAAACGAUAUUCAUACAAAUUACCUCAAGAAUACAACAUAGAGACUGUAGUGGUCGCAGAGCCAGCAAUGGUUUCCUAUCAUGGAGCAGACGCGGCCAGGAGAUUCAUUCUAACCAUCUUAAAUAUGGUUUUUAACCUUUUUCAACACAAGAGUCUUGGUGUGCAUGUCAAUCUUCGUGUGAUAAAGCUUAUUCUGCUCCAUGAAACUCCAUCUCUUCUUGUGCAGGCUGAUCUAUAUAUUGGGCACCAUGGAGAGAAAAUGCUGGAGAGUUUUUGUAAGUGGCAACAUGAAGAAUUUGGCAAAAAAAAUGAUAUCCAUUUAGAGAUGUCCACAAACUGGGGAGAAGACCUGACAUCUGUGGAUGCAGCUAUACUUAUAACAAGGAAAGAUUUCUGUGUACACAAGGAUGAGCCAUGUGAUACUGUUGGUAUAGCUUACUUGAGUGGAAUGUGUAGUGAAAAAAGAAAAUGCAUUAUUGCUGAAGACAAUGGCCUGAAUCUUGCAUUUACUAUUGCUCAUGAAAUGGGUCACAACAUGGGCAUCAACCAUGACAACGACCACCCAUUAUGUGCUGAUGGUCUUCAUAUCAUGUCUGGUGAAUGGAUUAAAGGACAAAACCUUGGUGAUGUUUCAUGGUCCCGAUGUAGUAAGGAAGAUUUGGAAAGAUUUCUCAGGUCCAAGGCCAGUAACUGCUUGCUUCAGACAAAUCCCCAGAGUGUCAAUUCUGUGAUGGUUCCCUCCAAGUUGCCAGGGAUGACAUAUACUGCUGAUGAGCAAUGUCAGAUUCUCUUUGGGCCACUGGCUUCCUUUUGUCAAGAAAUGCAGCAUGUUAUUUGCACUGGAUUGUGGUGUAAGGUAGAAGGUGAGAAAGAAUGCAGAACCAAACUAGAUCCACCAAUGGAUGGAACAGAUUGUGACUCUGGUAAGUGGUGUAAGGCUGGAGAAUGUAGCAGCAGGAUGUCAGCCCCUGGACAUGUGGCCGGAGAGUGGAGCAUGUGGAGUCCAUGUAGCCGGACCUGCAGUUCUGGGAUCAGCGGUCGAGAACGCAGAUGUUCUGGGCUAAGUUCUGAAACAAGGGAUUGUAAUGGUCCCAGAAAACAGUACAGAAUAUGUGAGAAUCCACCUUGUCCUGCAGGUUUGCCUGGAUUCAGAGAUUGGCAAUGUCAGGCCUAUAGUGUUAGAACUUCGUACCCAAAGCAUGUACUUCAGUGGCAGGCUGUCAUGGAUGAAGAAAAACCAUGUACCUUGUUUUGCUCGCCUGUGGGGAAAGAGCAACCUAUUCUCCUAGCAGAAAAAGUGAUGGAUGGAACUUCUUGUGGAUAUCAAGGAUUAGAUAUCUGUGCAAAUGGCAGGUGCCAGAAAGUUGGCUGUGAUGGUUUAUUAGGGUCUCUUGCAAGGGAAGAUCACUGUGGGGUAUGCAAUGGCAACGGAAAAUCGUGUAAAAUCAUUAAAGGAGAUUUUAAUCACACCAGAGGUGCAGGGUAUGUAGAAGUGCUGGUGAUACCUGCUGGAGCAAGAAGAAUCAAAGUUGUGGAGGAAAAGCCGGCACAUAGCUAUUUGGCUCUCCGAGACACUGGAAAACAAUCUAUUAAUAGUGACUGGAAGAUUGAACAUUCUGGAGCAUUCAACUUAGCAGGAACUACAGUUCACUAUGUCAGACGAGGCCUCUGGGAGAAGAUCUCGGCCAAAGGUCCUACUACAUCACCUUUACACCUGCUGGUGCUGCUGUUUCAAGACCAGAAUUAUGGUCUGCACUAUGAAUACACGGUCCCAUCAGACCCUCUUCCAGAGAAUCAGAGCUCUAAAGCACCUGAACCCCUUUUCAUGUGGACACACACAGGCUGGGAAGAUUGCGAUGCCACGUGUGGAGGAGGAGAAAGGAAGACAAUGGUGUCUUGCACAAAAAUCAUGAACAAAAAUAUCAGCAUUGUGGACAACAAGAAGUGCAAAUACUUAACCAAGCCAGAGCCGCAAAUUCGAAAGUGCAAUGAGCAGCCAUGCCAGACCAGGUGGAUGAUGACAGAAUGGACUCCAUGUUCAAGAACUUGUGGAAAAGGGAUGCAGAGCAGACAGGUGGCCUGCACCCAACAACUGAGUAACGGGACAUUGGUUAGAGCCCAGGAGUGGGACUGUGCGGGGCCCAAGCCAGCCUCUGCCCAGCGCUGCGAGGGCCAGGACUGCAUGACUGUGUGGGAGGCAGGCGUGUGGUCUGAGUGUUCAGUCAAGUGCGGCAAAGGUGUACGCCAUCGGACUGUGAGGUGUACCAACCCUAGAAAGAAAUGUGUCCUCUCCACCCAACCCAGAGAGGCUGAGGACUGUGAAGAUUACUCGAAAUGCUAUGUGUGGCGAAUGGGUGACUGGUCUAAGUGCUCAAUUACCUGCGGCAAAGGAAUGCAGUCCCGUGUUAUCCAAUGCAUGCAUAAGAUCACAGGGAGACAUGGAAAUGAAUGUUUUUCUUCAGAAAAACCUGCAGCUUACAGGCCAUGCCACCUUCAGCCCUGCAAUGAGAAGAUUAAUGUCAAUACAAUAACAUCACCCAGACUGGCCGCUCUGACGUUCAAGUGCCUGGGAGAUCAGUGGCCUGUGUACUGCCGAGUGAUACGGGAGAAGAACCUGUGUCAGGACAUGCGAUGGUACCAGCGCUGCUGUGAGACUUGCAGGGACUUCUAUGCCCAGAAGCUACAGCAGAAGAGUUGACGUCCAGCAGCCUGGCUGGCUCACAGCUCUCUGCGACAUUAUUUAUAAACACACACACACUAGCAUGUUUUUCAGACCAAAUAUGAUCAGAUUACAUAUAAUUUAAUCAAAUUAAUUUAUUUUUUUGUCUGCCAAACAUUCAGUAUGGUUUAUUUUGGUUAUACAGACAUUUUGAUUUAUAGUAUAUGGCUUCAUAAUUUUAUAUGAAUAAGUUUGAUCCAUUUUCUGGAAUGAAAAUUUUUCAAAACUUAAACCUAACUUUUUUUUUUUUUUAACUGAGGGCUGUUUCCAAGGUGCUACUUACUCUCUCCCCACCAAUACCAAUGAAUUAUUCAGAAUAUAUACUAACUUAGCAUAGUAGUUUAGUUAUAUAUGGAGAGAAGUAAAAUUUUUUUUUUUUUGGUGUUCUGAGGCAGAAUUAGCCCAUUUUCUGGAGUCUGCAGAAGAUGUGUCAACAAACCUCAUGGUGUUGAACAGAUUUAUAAAGAAUGUAUUAUGAAUUUGGUUCAGAUUUAGAGAAAUUCAUAGCAAAAAUUCUACUGUAAUUAUUUUAAUGAUGGAAAAGAUAUGUCAAAUUGAGACUUUGAUCAUGUUCAUGAACAUGUACUUGAACACAAUUAUUGUAACAAUGAAACACUGUAAUGAUUUACACUGAAUCACCAUUGCACUGUUGAAAUAGUGUAGAAAAACUGUUACAGAAAUGGUAACAUCCUGCAAAAAUAUAUUAUUUUUAACAUGUCAUUAGAUUUUAGCUUUUUAAAAUAAUUUGAACAAAGAAAGCAUCGAUCCACCCAUUUCAUUGUAUGUUUUUAGCAGAUUGAUAAAAGAAUAGAGUACUUACUUAGCAUUACAAAUCAUAGUGAGAAAAUGUACUAAAUAUUUUUUAGCCUUUUCCCUAGAAAUAAGGGGGGGGGGAAGCUUAUAUACUGUGGUAGUUUCAUUGUGCUUUUUCCUUUAAAAUUAAAAAGUUUUACAAUUCUGUGAAACGUUUAAAAACAGCUUAAAUUUUUUCUUGUGAGAAAAUAUUGUACAUGAUUCACAUGAUUUCCUAGAUUUUUCAAUAAAAUAUGUGAAACUUCCUGUUGGGAGGCAAUUCUUCACAGGUCUCUCAGAUUUCCACAUGUCUUGGCACUGUCUGCCUUGGUUCUGGAGUGUCUUCUAAGGGGAUGUUUAUGUAGUAAAAAGCCUGGGAAGUUAAACAUAAUGUCUUUCCUUGGAGCAAAGGACAGAUUACGCAGUCUUCUCAUUGUAAGAGUUUAGGUUCCCUGAAUUGGGUUCCUUCUCCUGUAAUACAACCCACCCACCGCAUGUGCAGGUGUCACCUGACUCUCUUGUCACUUUGUGGGGAGUGGGGGGUUCAGGGAACAGAUGCAAGAAAAAUGCUAAUUCUUUAAUUACUGCUAUUGCUGUGGGUAAUAAAAUCCUUUGUUACUAAGCCAGGAGUCUGUCUUCUGCCCUGAAGGUACAGCAGGCUGGCGGAUAGACUGCAGGUGAAUAGAACCUCAAUCCUCACAGUUACUGACACUUCCCUCAUUCGUAUUUUCACCUUCAUUUAAGAACUCCCUGUAAUGUAGGAUAUAUUCUGUUUCCACAUUGACCCUUGCUAUGCAUGUCCUUUAACUGCUGAAGUCCAAGAUUAACCAGUAUCAGACCUCUUAUAACAGACAGUAGGGGGAUGGGAGCUGGGAAAAGUGAAAUUGUAAGAGGACGCAGUCUCAAUUUCAUUCCUUGAUUUCUGAAUCCAUGACUAGGUAGAAAAGCGCUAGAUAUUGGUUAAUGGUUCAGUCCAUGUUAUUAGGCCUCCCGUGGGCUUCAUUCAGCAAGUACUCAGUC